GGCCACCCUAAUUUUUGACAGCUACGUUUUCUACACAUUUUGAAGGUUAAAUUUGUAUUAAUACGUUUAUCUUUAAAAUAACAGUUUAAUUUACUGACAAACCUCGUGUUGUAUCAAUAAAAUAUCAAUUGCUAAUCAAUUUGUGCGGUUUUAUAUUGAUUUAAAGUGGCGACAGUUGUUCUGACGUGUGUAAAUUUGUAUUUGGUGGUCUAUUUUUAGAAAAAUAGUGAUUUUAUCGGGUAAAAUAAUGGCUAAAGAAGAGGAGGAUGAUAAGUUACCCGAUAAGGACGCAGCCAAAGAGUUUUAUGCUAAAUAUGAGCCAAAAGAAAUACUAGGAAGAGGAAUCAGUUCCACAGUACGUAGAUGCAUAGAGAAAGAAACUGGGAAGGAGUUUGCAGCUAAAAUAAUUGAUUUAUCCAAUGAUGGGAUAAACGAAGGGGGUGCUUCACUAGAAGCAACUCGAACCGAAGUUUCUAUACUUAGGCAUGUUAUAGGACACCCUUAUAUAAUUGAACUGGAAGAUGUUUUCGAGUCUAGCACCUUCAUUUUUCUGGUAUUCGAAUUGUGUAAAAACGGCGAAUUAUUUGACUAUUUAACAUCGGUGGUUACGUUAUCGGAAAAAAAGACCAGAUACAUCAUGAAGCAGAUUUUUGAAGGGGUGGCUCAUAUACAUUCACAGGAUGUCGUUCACAGGGACUUAAAACCGGAAAAUAUAUUAUUAGAUGACAAUUUAAAUGUGAAGAUUACCGACUUUGGAUUUGCCAGGAAGCUCAACCCUGGAGAAGUACUUAAUGAUUUGUGUGGUACCCCUGGAUAUUUGGCACCGGAAACUUUAAGGUGCAAUAUGAUGGAGAAUGCUCCAGGUUAUGGAAAUGAAGUGGACAUUUGGGCCUGUGGUGUUAUAAUGUAUACAUUAUUAGUUGGUUGUCCGCCAUUUUGGCAUAGAAAACAAAUGGUUAUGCUUAGAAAUAUCAUGGAAGGAAAAUACUCUUUUACAUCACCAGAGUGGGCUGACAUAUCAGAACCUCCCAAAGAUUUAAUAAGAAGAUUAUUAGUUGUAGAUCCUAAACAAAGAAUUAGUAUAAGGGAAGCUUUAGAACAUGAAUUUUUCCAAAAAGUGCAACUUUGGGAUACCGAUAUAGGCGAAUUAAAAAAAUCGUUAAGAAGAAAUUCAAGAAGAUACAGUGUUAUCACAGAGUUAGCCUUGAAACUGCAUCAACGAAAGUUCAACGCGCGCACCAAAUUUCAAUGGGCUAUUCUAGUGGUCCGCUGUAUGGUCAGGAUACAACGUCUAAGGUUCACACCCGAGCCACUGUCCCUCGAAACUGCCAGAACCGACCCCUACAGACUAAAAUUACUAAGAAAAAUUGUCGACGGUUGUGCCUUUAGGGUUUAUGGGCAUUGGGUGAAGAAAGGUGAAGGUCAAAACAGGGCCGCACUGUUCGAAAAUGCCCCCAAAACGGAGCUUAAACACAUAUACGUAACAAAUCUAAGUAGAUAAUAUUUAAGAAAUUUAGUGUGAUAUUGUUUGAUACAGUUUUAAUGCCUUUAUUUUUUUUCUUUCCAUACUUACUUAUUUAUUCUUCCUUGUAUCAUGCAAUUUCUAAAGAUU